AUGUAUGAAUGCAUUCAGGAUUAUUUAACAAAUCAUAAAGAUGAAAAGAACAUUUAUGUUAACAAAUGUAUAUCAAUAGUUGGCUCCCCAUUAUCUGCUGGUCAAUCCCUUAGCGGUGUAAAUAAGGCUUGUGAUAAUUUGAGAAAAUUCGGAUUACAUGAUGUUAUUAAAGCAGUAGGCUGGGGGUAUGAAGAUAUUGGAAAUAUUGGAGAAAAAAUACCAAUCAAUGGUUUUUUAAAACAAGAAAAUAUUGAAAAGGAAAAUGACCAAAUAAAUAACAAUAAUCCAAGCUACUAUAAUAAUAUAAAAAACGCAGAAGUUAUCGGUAAAUUUAGUGAAAAAUUAUUCCAAACCAUGAGUUCAGAAUUAAAAAAAAAAAAUUUUAUUUUAAAUAUUGGAGGCGAUCAUGGGGUUGCUUUUUCAAGCAUAUUAAGCAUGUUGCAAACAUAUAAUAAUUUAAAGGUUAUAUGGAUAGAUGCACAUGGGGAUAUAAAUAUACCCGAAACGUCACCUUCUGGAAAUUAUCAUGGAAUGUCAUUAGCACAUGCUUUAGGCUUGUUUAAAAAAAAAGUUCCAUAUUUUGAAUGGUCAGAAAAAUUAUUACAUUUAAAACCAGAAAAUGUAGCUAUUAUUGGAAUAAGAGAUAUAGAUAAAUAUGAAAAAAUUAUUUUAAAAAAAUGUAAUAUAAAUUACUAUACUAUGUUUGAUAUAGAUAAAAAAGGUAUUUACAAUAUUAUUUGUGAAGCUUUAAAUAAAAUCGAUCCAAAUAAAAAUUCCCCUAUACAUAUAUCACUGGAUAUUGAUAGUGUUGAUUCGAUAUACGCGCCUGGAACUGGUACAAUAGCUAAAGGUGGAUUGAAUUAUAGGGAAAUUCAUUUAUUAAUCAAAUCUAUAUCAGAUACUAAACGAGUUGUAUCUAUGGACAUUGUUGAAUAUAACCCCCUUUUGGAUGAAAGUGAUAAAGCUGUGCAUGGAGAUUCUUUACCAAUUGAUCCAAAUGCUACAAAAACUGGAAAAUUAUGUCUUGAGCUUAUUGCCAGAGUUCUAGGCAAUGAUAUAGUUUAA